GCCGGUGCGAUCUCAACACAUGAGCAGCAUGGCGGCAACCCAACCGCCACUGCCACCGCCGCCUCCGUUGCCGCCACUUCCACUGGAUGUCGUGCUCAAUACCGAGCUUCCGCUUGUGCCUCCCGAUGAUUCCAAGCAGUCCCAAGCUUUGACGUCCAUGCUAACGUCCUUUGCACAUCCUGCUGUUGUUGUGGGUGUCAUUGGCGACAGUCCCAGUGCGGUGACCCACUUUGCCAACCGCCUUCUCGGGCGACAGGCAUUCACAACUGUCGAAGGGCCGUCCAUCAACAUCCGAAUGUUCUAUGAUAUCGAGAAGAAGAUGAUUCUCCUCCUCGGCCUCUGCUAUCGGAGGUCGGCGCCUCCAUCGUCAGUCUCGGCGAAUGAAGUUCACGAUGCGUCAGUCCACUCCCUCCGCGAUCAAUUGCAGAUGCAAUUGCUCAUGUUCUCUAGUUCCCACGUUCUCUUUAUUGUUCACGAUCACGCGCGAGUGAGCACUUCCCAAACACAGACCUUUCGAUCGCUCUCGAAUGCGAAGCACCAACUCCUCCACUUGCUCAAGCAAAAGCCAUCUUCCAAGCAUGCGAGCAAGGCAUCCUCCAUCCUUUCUUCGUCGCAUUUCGCUCCAGGUCGUUGUGUGCCCCUCGCGACGUUUGUUUUUCCCGUGGAUGGUGGGCGGAAACUGUCGCGAUCGCAAACGACAACAUUCUGCAAAGCCAUCGAAACUCGACUCCAUGCCAUCCUCAAGCCCCUUCGCGGCGGCACAAUCGCGACAGUUCGCGCCAAAGACUCAGUCGCUGCCAACAACACCAAUAAGGAGCGGCGCCUGUUUGUCCUGGACCCUACGCACGAAGUAAUGGCCGUUCCCAGGAAGCUCGCCACAGACGACUGCUGCCUUCUCGGUCGGAUGGCUGCCGUUCUAAAUAGCAUCGACAUCGCAGCUUCCGCGCCAGCCAUGGACUUGAAGCAUGUGCUCAAGCCACUUGACGACGAAGACUCUAUUGCCAUGCCACAUGCUAUUCAGUUCGCGUCGAAGUGCAUCGACCUCUUUGCCCACGACGCCGUGAGGAAAGACCUUCUCCCUCUCGAUCAGUGGAUCGAACAUUUCAAAGCUCUCGCCGCAUUCGUCGUGACAGACAACUCGAUAUUUUGCUCGCCCGAUGCCGCGCCACUAAAUGUCCUCCCAAUGGACGACUUGUACAUCCACGGUGAUUCUUAUUCUGAUAGCCAUCUCACGUUGAUGCAAGCGGUGGACACGGUUGGGACGUUUGCCCAAGACCAAUGCAUUCGGGAAAGCACCGCGGCUGUCAAGCGGUACAAGGCAGAGAAACCCGAAAAGAUCAACCGUCACGUCCACGACAGCAGAGUGCAGCGCACAGUCGCCGCCUUCCACCGCAACGUCGGCAAAUCCAACCCAUUCGUCCAAAAAUACACCCAAGAUAUCAUCGACGCUUGCAGCACGAUUUGGCAUCAAAGUCGGCGGCUUUGUGAUGCCAUCAGUGUUUCGAAUCGACCGUGCGCUCUGCUCUUUCAUGACCCGGACGGCGUCCGCCACAACAGUGGAUGUUGCUUGAACGUCGCUUGUGUGUGUGGUGCAUCCGUCACCCGCAUUCCCGACCCCUUUUUCAUUGACGCGAAUCGGCGGGACUUGUGGACCAUGCCAUGCUGCGCCCAGCGAGAUCCAUCGCUCCAGAGCCAACGCGACUUGCCCGUCCUUGUGCGCCUCGGCACGUUUGAGGCGUACGAUCCGUUUCAGGGAUUUGUCAUGACCCCUGGCUUUAUCUCGAAGCUCAGUUUGCUGUCGCCAUGGCUACGCUCGGCCCCUUCCGAGAGCGUCGUUGGGGUGCCCCAAGCAACAGCUCCUCGACGUCGACGGCACUCCCUUCGAAAACCCCAUACGAAACAGCCGCCUGACGUCGCCCAGUCCGUCGACUGCGGCCCUCACUUGCUCAUUGCCAACGUGGGUCUCGAAUACGAAUGUGCAGCAGGCCAUCGAUUUUUCUUCCCACCGCCACAACAUUCCCAGCCCCUCUCGACUGUGGUCGUCUCCGGAAACAACGACGACGCGGUCUGGCCUGGUUGUGAGAUGACCAUCUACGUUCAGUGCUUCCACUGCUCUGGGCCUAAGUCUGGUCCCCACAAGCCUCAGUCAGCAUUUGCCCAGUUGCGCCGUGUCUACGCUGCAAUCCCGCCUCCUCCGACAUGCGAUCCCCACGGCGUGGUUUCGUUGAAAGUUGUCGUGAAAACGGAAGACCAAGACGUGGUGUUGUCCAGCCAAAUGGACCACCUCGCUCCCGAUAGCUUGUUUUGUUUUACGCUGCCGUACGUGUUUUCCACACCGUCAGGUUCACCGAUUCGCCACGGUGACGCGCUCAAGCUGCACACCGGAGUCGUGACGUACAAGAGCCUGUCGUCGACAUGAGAACGUGAACGAUCGAACGCUGAAGGCGGGCCCUUUUUAAGAUAUGCAGCGAUCCCGUAGAAAUAUCCAUGGCUCGCAUGCACUUUGUUGUCCUUUGGCG